AUGGAUCCCUUUCAUGACAAAGCGGGCAAUGAGCGGAGGGCUUCCCUCAGGAUGUCGGCCAGGCAAUCCACCACCGUCGACGGUGACGACGAUGAAUACGAUCUGGCCGCCGCCAUGGGCCUUUCCGAUGGCUUUCGCCCAACACAAGUCUCGGCAUCCCAUCCAACCACUUCUUCGACUACAAACCCUUCGACUGGCUCGGCGGUUGUGUCACGAGACUCUCCCGCCGUUCAGCGAGCUGUAGCCCCCGCCCGACCCUCGAGUAUCGCGAAGCCGCCUCGUGCUCACGACAACUUUGCCCUUCGCCACGAUGGCUCAGCCAGUCAAGCGACCGGCCCUUCCAUCUCACGCGUCUCGACCGCCUCCACCGAGUCGCCCAUCAUCCGCUCCGAGAGCCCCUACGAGGGUCCCUCCGGCCCGUCUCACCCCUAUCAGAUGUAUCCCCAGCGAACCAACAGCGUAGCGACUACGUCAACUGCUCGCAUGUCGGAGCGAUCCUAUGCAGGUCCCCGAGGCCCGACGCAUCCGUACACUCUGUACACACAAAACACUGUUCCGGUUGACACGCACGAGGGCGACAACAUCCCCGUCGGAUUCGGGCGCUCAGACAACUAUCAGCGACGCAUGGGCGCCGAAGGAGAGGAUAUGGCGGAUCUGAUAGGUCCUCUAGGCCACACUGAAGAGCUCCCGCCGUACACGAGGUAUCCAGAGCAAGCUUACGCGAGGAAACAACCGGGUGAAAUGCCCCAGCAAGCAGCCCAACCACAGCCACAGCCACAACAACAGGAACCACAGCAGCCUCUUGUUCAGCAGCAGCUAUCACCACAACCAUCCGGCCAACAACAGCCGACGCAACCCGUUGUGACGGUCAUGGCGGCUUCGGUUCCACCCGCUCCCAUCCCCGGAGCCGGUGGCCUCGGUCUUGCCACCAGAAAUCCGGAGUUCGAAUCGCGGGAGGAGCUCCGCCUGCCAUCCCGCAUGUCCUCUAGAACUUUGACAUCGGACACUGCAAGCCAACACGAAAUCAACACCGCUGCGGAGGCUUACGCCGAGAAGGGCGAGGAGAGCAAAGACAAGAAAUGGCAAAAGAGGGCAAAGAGGCGAAUGUUCGGUGUGAUUCCGUACUGGGCUAUUUGCCUAUUGGCGGUCGGAUUAGUGCUCAUGGGUAUCAUCUUGGGCGCUGUCAUCGGCACCUUCUUUGCCAAACACAAGAAACCACCGGGUCGCAAUCGAGACGACGAGCCUGUCCCGCUCGUCAUUCCUACGGCCACAGUGGACAUUAAACCCUUGGCCACCCUCCCGCCCGACCUGCCGUCAAUGGAGAUUGGCGUCUUCGGCCUACCCCCCCUGAUCGCGAGUCAAGCGCCAAGCACGUGUUUCAACGACACAACACAGUCGCAGGCUUGGACCUGCAACAUCCCUUUUACUAGCUAUGUCAUGAGCGUCUCCAGAAUCGCCAACGAACUACCCAUAUCUGAUUACACCUUAAAACUUACUACUUUCAACGACAGCGACUCCAACGACAAGUUCAACAUGUUCUCAUGGGGAACACAACCUCCUCUCAUCAUUGACCCACUGAAAAUGCGUCUCGUCAACGACACGUCCGAGCCCGGCCGAGGUGCGGCGUGGUUCGCUCAAAUGACGUACAACAAGACAGUCAUCGUGGCCGAGGAUAGAUUCCCGGGCGUCAGCACACCCAGGCCGAGCUCUAAGAAGAGAUGGAAUGGACCACCACCAUCAUCCGGGGACUUCAGCAGAAAGGGGAUCAAGGGAGCACAAGCCGGAGACAGGCCUUGGAUCUGCACAUGGCCGGGAACUCUUCUCGAAGUUUUCGUCUAUCCCGCACAAAACAACAGCUAUCAACGGAAACCCACAUCUACGACCAAGCCCUUGGCAGCUGCCACGGCACCUCCAACUUCGACACCGUUCUUGGUGAGGCAUGGUCUAGCCACUCCCACGUACACGACUAUAAUUCCGACUGAUCGACCACGAAAGGCUCCGCCGCCGCCAUAUCCGCAGGUCAUCAAAUUUGAGGAGCGACGCGUGUCGCUCGAUCAGACCAAGAACGCUUACUGCCGGCAAGUCGAAGUAUGUGACGAUGGAGAAAACACCGUUCCCGUUCUGAACGAGGAAGGCCAGCCCGUGGAAGUGAUGAUCAUGGAGAACAGGCAAACUGUGGCCAUCGCCGACUCCAAGCGCUGGAUACACGAGGACAGCUUCCUGGUCUCACGGGAUCGGCCGGCGAGAACAAGCCAGUUGAGCGACUGCGGGUGCAUCUGGUGGUUCACAUAG